GCACAAACCAUGGAAAGGAAUGACAUCAUUGACUUCAAGUCUUUGGAGAAAGAGCUGCAAGGUGCACUCGCUGCGGAUGAGAAGUACAAGCGGGAGAAUGCUGCCAAGCUGCGGGCGGUGGAGCAGAGGGUGGCUUCUUAUGAGGAGUUCAGGGGUAUUGUCCUUGCUUCGCAUCUGAAACCGCUGGAGCGGAAGGACAAGAUGGAGGGGAAGAGAGCCAGACCUUGGAACUGUUACACUUCCCAGGGAAGCACCUCCCAGGAUCAGGCCACUGAAAUCUUCCAGGCGAAGCCACUCUUGCAGCCCGAGACCUCAGCAGAGUUCUACCGCGACUGGCGGCGACACUUGCGAAGUGGCCCAGAGCGCUACCAGGUCCUGCUGCAGCUCGGGGGCCCAAAGCUGGGCCACCUCUUCCGGAUGGACGUGGGCUUUGGACUUCUAGGGGAGCUGCUGGUGGCACUGGCCGAUCAUGUGAGGCUGGCCGACCGGGUGGCCGUUCUGGGAAUCCUUCGCAGCCUAGCUAGCACUGGGCGAUUCCGCUUGAACCUGAGCCUGCUGAGCAGAACAGAGAGGGAGAGCUGCCGAGCCUUGUUUCAGAAGCUACAGGCCAUGAGCGCCCCCAGACCCACAACAGAGGGGCUCCAACCGGAGGAGCGGGAUCUGGAGGAGCAGUCUGCUGGGCCCCAGGAGAAGCUCCUGCAGGAGUUACUAGAACUGUACCAGGUGGACUGAUAGGACCAGCUGCCCCCUGAAGCCCCCAGGGGCCACUGGAGGCAUCAUUUGCUGUUAUCUUCAGGGCACUGCAGAGCGAUGGGAAGCCACACUUGAUUGGCUUCCCAACUUGGAAUGUUCAGAACAAAAGCAGGAACAGUGUCUCCUCCCCUCUGCCAGUCCUUUGGGGGUUCCCUUUGGAAGCAGUUUCGCUUCCCACCUUGAGAUGGCACCCUUCAAGCUUGCCUAACCUCUAGCCCUCUGGCCCUGAGAGGGGUGUGUGCCCAACCCAAUGAGGAGACAAUUACACCCUCCAUGCAACAGAGGUAGAAAUACAGCGGGGCAUCUCCCGGGGGGAUUCAGUACCGAUCGACCCAGAUUUCAACAUCACAUCUACAACCCAAGCCCCAACCACCAGGUGAUCGAAUGCUACUGCAUCUGGGAUGUAGCAGUUCCAGUGCAGGCUGGUUCUGGGAAAGCCCAAGGCUGCGAGCUCAGGCCUGGGAGCCCUUCCUUCUUCCUAU